AUGCGGUAUCGCCGACGAACAAGUGACGGGCGGCCAAGUGCCGAUAACGUCUACACGACGGGAGAAGACGCGUCGUCGCAGCGAACGGUUAAUCGUUACGGCGGCGAAUGGAACGACGGCGAUCGUGCGUCGACCGAACGGGAUGAGAUAUCGCGCGUCGGCGAAAUAGGAGGUAUGGCGUCCGUCGCGACUUACGGUCUGGAGUUGACGUAG